AUGGAUGUAGCAAAUCCAGCACCAGAAUGGAUUACUGAUCGUAUAUGGUUGGAAAUUCUUACACUCGAAUCAUUGGAACCAUUCAAAGGCUUUGCUGAAAAUUUUCAUACGUACUUGCAAGAUUAUAAAAAAAUCUUCGAUAGCACUGACCCAGAAAGAGCAACUCUACCUCAAGAAUGGGCUGAUGGUUUGGAUGAUUUUCAAAAAAUAAUCUUUCUCAAAUGUCUACGUCCAGAUAAAGUUACAAAUGCUAUGCAAGAUUUUGUAUCCAAUAAUCUUGGUCAAAAAUUUAUUGAGCCGCAAACCGCUGAUUUACAUCUUGUAUUUCGUGAUUCAUCAGCAACAACACCGUUAAUCUUUGUUUUAUCUGUCGGUACCGAUCCAGCUGCUGAUUUAUAUAAAUUUGCUGAAGAAAUGAAAUUUUCUAAACGUCUCAAUACUAUAUCACUUGGCCAAGGACAAGGUCCAAGAGCUGAAUCAUUGAUGCGAGCUGCCAUGGAAAAGGGGCAAUGGGUCUUUUUUCAAAAUUGCCAUUUAUCACCAUCAUGGAUGCCAAGUUUAGAAAGAUUAGUAGAACAAGUUGAUCCUGAUCAUGUACAUAAAGACUUCCGAUUAUGGUUGACAAGUAUGCCAAGUCCUCAAUUUCCCGUAAUGAUUUUACAAAAUGGAAGUAAAAUGACAGUCGAGCCGCCUCGUGGUAUCAAAGCUAAUUUGCUGAGAUCGUAUAUAACGCUGAGUGAUGAUUUUCUUACAUCGUGCACUGGAAAAGUUGAUGAGUUUAAACAUCUACUUUUAUCGCUUUGUCUAUUUCAUGCUGUUUUACUUGAACGCAGAAAAUUCGGUCCCCUUGGCUUCAAUAUUCCGUAUGAAUUCACCGAUGGUGAUUUACGUAUUUGUAUGAGUCAGUUAAGAAUGUUCUUAAUGGAAUAUACAGAAAUAGCUUACAAAGUACUAAAAUACACUGCAGGAGAGAUAAAUUAUGGUGGUCGUGUAACAGAUGAUUGGGAUCGUCGUUGCGUAAUGAAUGUAUUGGAUGACUUUUACGCAGCUAAAGUGCUUGAUGCAAAUUUUUGUUACGAUGACUCUCAAAUCUAUCAUCAAUUACCACCGGUAUCUGAACAUCAAGCGUAUGUUGGCUAUGUUCGUAGUUUACCAAUUAAUGAUACACCAGAAAUAUUUGGUUUACACGAAAAUGCAAAUAUUACAUUUGCACAAAACGAAACCUAUCGUACAUUAACGGAUUUACUUGACUUACAGCCAAAAACAGCAACUGCCGGUGAAAAUCGAGAUGUGGUCAUUGAAAAACUAGUAAAAGAUGUUCUUUCACGUGUACCACGCCCUUUACCAUUAGCUACGGUUAUGGAAAAAUAUCCAGUUAUGUAUGAGCAGUCAAUGAAUACUGUUUUAACACAAGAAAUCAUUCGAUACAAUCGAUUGUUAAAUAUGAUUCAUAAUUCAUUACAAGAACUACUGAAAGCAAUGAAAGGCUUAGUUGUAUUAUCUCAAGCGUUGGAAGAAAUGUCGAAAAGUUUAUUUAAUAAUGCUGUACCAGUCAUGUGGAGUAAAGUUGCUUAUCCAAGUUUAAAACCACUUGCAUCAUGGGUUCUUGAUUUGAUUCAACGUGUUGAAUUUGUACAAGCAUGGGUUGAUCAUGGCAUUCCAAAUGUUUUCUGGAUUAGUGGUUUCUUUUUCCCACAAGCCUUUUUAACUGGUACUUUACAAAAUUUUGCCAGAAAAUAUGUCAUUUCAAUCGAUACAGUCAGUUUUGGUUUUCAAGUAAUGAAACUAACGUCAAAAGAUGUUAUUCAAACACCAACAGAUGGCUGUUAUAUUCGAGGUUUAUUUGUUGAAGGGGCACGUUGGGAUCCAGCAACGCAUGUACUUGGAGAAUCUCGAGCUAAAGAAUUAUUUACAGAAAUGCCUGUUAUAUGGUUACAGCCAGAACAAAAUCGACAGACACCAACGUCAGGUAUUUAUAUGUGUCCAGUAUAUAAGACUUUGACACGUGCUGGUACAUUAUCAACAACCGGACAUUCAACAAAUUUCGUUUUUACAAUUGAAGUUCCAUCAUCCAAAUCACAAAAAUAUUGGAUAAAACGUGGUGUCGCACUUAUAUGUGCUCUUAACUACUGA